UCGUGCUAAUUUAUUUUUCAACAUUCGCAUUGUGUACAAGACGAAAGUUUAUUUGAUCGUGCCUUCGUGCUGACGCCCCUUCAAACUCUUCGUCCUUGUCUGCACAAAAACUACACGCGUGAAGUAGAAAUCUGUCGCGUCAAGCGAUGUUGUGGAUCAGUGCAGAUUCACUUCGGGCGAGAAAAAUUUGAUCAACUUGUUGGACAGCAAAAAAAAAAAUCACUUUGAGUACUAUCGUGAUCAUGUCCUCCGGCCGUCGCGAGACUUGUUCUAGUGGCAGUUCCUGACGUCGCGCCGGAAUACAACGUAGGGAUUAAUUUUUCACUCGGAAAGUUCUUUCGAUCAACCAACUUCGAGACGACGACCCAUAAAGACGCGGCAAGAUGCUGAACCAGAAGUACCCCGAAGUUUUAGACUGGGGCAAGUACCUGGAGACGACUUCCACCUGCCGCCGGUUCACCGCUUACACCUGGCCCAAGGGGGAGGGGCAUCCCCAACCCAAGAAGAAAACCAAACUCAUCGAUGAGCCCGUGUACCCUUUCAUCGGUCCAAAGUACAAGCUUCCCUGCGCACUCCCGGAGGGGGAAGACCAGAUGAGCAUGCUGAUCAAGUCGCACUGCUCCAGGGACGGGGUGCCCAGCGUGCCGAGGGUAGUACUUCGUUGAAUCGUACAACUAGGGGCUCGGACAUUUAUAAUUUUGGCGCAGUUGACGAUUUUGUGCACUCAUAGUACUCAACACCUCGCUUACUUGCAUCUCGUCAACAUCGUCCAUGAAUCAACUAUCAAUUAUGAUCGCGAUACACAACACCAGGAUUCGCGGUUUACGAAGCAAGGCGUGAUUAAGGGCUUAAUGCAGAAAGUGAGCGCCGCCGACAAACUGGGCCCCGGAGAAUACGACGUGAUGAAGGAGGAUGAGAGGCGAUACGGGACCAAGGGAUACACCUUUCCGAAGGCCAUUGAGACGCCAGACCAGGUUCGGGCGCGCUCGGUGCUGUCCCAAAUUCCUCCACCUGGGAGUUACGACGUGCGCGGUACUUCUCACUGCUACAGACCAAUUCUCAUUUAUCGAUUUUCAUCGAAGUUCUUGCAUAUGUUCUAUUGUCGUCCGUGUACUAAAGCCUCAAUUGUUCUCUCCGUGUGUUGUAGCGUCUUAUUUCCGAGUUGUGCCGCAACAAACAAAGUUCUCUUCCGGAAUUUCGAUUCUCCCAAGGAAGCAAUCAAAAAUGAUCCAGGUAUUUUUGAUUACUCGGACGAUGAAGACGACAUGUCAACGCUAUCGUCGAAGCCCAGCCACGCAACAGCGCAGGAUAAGGAUUGAGGAGGGAAAAGAUGGCCGGAAGAAGGGAAAGUGUGGAUAGAAAAAAGAGACAUUGACUAUCCAACCCAAUUCAACGAAUAGAGAAUUCCAAAAAGGCACUGCUCACCAGUGCAGCCAUUUGUUAGUUUUACAGUUUAUACUUCUAGGGAGCUUGUAGCAGCGCGCAGUGUAGUAAGUACUAUCUGUGCUUGUUCACCAGUGUGGCGAUACUGUUCUGAUUUUUGUCGAAAGUAUUGGAUCGUUCCCCUUUCAAGUGUAUCUCAGUUGGCAGCUGCUUCGGGAAGAUUUGAAAAAAGUUCACGGGCCAAGAAAGCAACAGUGUUCUUCGCCCGGGUAGUUGUGAACAACCACUCAUGUCAAGUACUUACUUUUCCUGUCUUUUGUUCGCGG